UUUUUCUUCGCCUGUUCAACACUAUACAAACGUGCCGGCUCUCCAGCAGUGCACAACAGUCUAGAACCCCAUCUUGCCGCAGUUGGACGUGUUGUCCGCGAUUUUUUGAUUAUUUUCAUCGUCCCUUUUUUUGGCAUUGUGUAAAAUGGCUAUCGCAGCACCGGAGGUAAAAUACACAAAGAUCUUUAUCAACAAUAAGUUCGUGAAUGCUGUGAGUGGAAAAACGUUCCCCACGAUAAAUCCGGCGACUGGGAAAAAGAUUGCCGAUGUCGCCGAGGGCGACGCAGCCGAUGUCGAUUUGGCGGUCAAGGCCGCAAAAGCUGCGUUCGAGCGAAAAUCUGUCUGGCGCCAAAUGGAUGCUUCUGCUCGAGGAAUGCUGCUGCAUAAACUAGCCGACCUGAUGGAAAAAAAUCUACAGUACUUGGCCAGUCUGGAGUCGUUGGACAAUGGAAAACCGUACACCAGCGCCGUCUACGAUGUGCACGGAUCCGUUGCUGCACUAAGACAUGCCGCAGGUUGGGCUGACAAGAUCCACGGCGAAACUCUGCCUACGGAUGGUCCCCAUUUGACUUAUACCAGAAAGGAACCGGUUGGUGUAGUUGGACAAAUUAUUCCGUGGAACUAUCCUAUGCUGAUGUUGGCCUGGAAGUGGGGACCCGCUCUAGGAACCGGCUGCACGAUCGUUAUGAAACCAGCGGAACAGACUCCGUUGACGGCUUUAUAUUUGUGUGCUUUGGCAAAGGAAGCUGGCUUCCCUGCUGGUGUGAUUAAUAUGGUACCUGGAUACGGGGCAACCGCUGGUAACGCCAUAACCGUCCACCCGGAUAUCCGAAAGGUAGCUUUUACAGGAUCAGUGGAAGUUGGUAAAAAAAUUAUGGCUGGUGCAGCUGGAACUCUGAAGAAGGUUUCCCUGGAGCUGGGAGGAAAAAGUCCGCUGGUUAUUUGCGAUGAUGUUGACGUGGAUGAGGCAGCACAAAUUGCAUACGGAGGUGUGUUUGAAAACAUGGGUCAAUGCUGUAUCGCCGCUACGCGUACAUUUGUUCAGGAAGGAAUUUACGACGCAUUUGUGAAGAAGGCGGCUGAACUGGCAAAGUCACGCAAGGUUGGCUGUCCAUUCACUCAAGGCACUCAACAUGGACCACAAAUUGACGACAGGCAGUUCAAGAAGAUUUUACACUAUAUUGAAAUCGGACAGAAGGAGGGUGCCAAGCUGGAAACGGGCGGAGUUCGUGUCGGUACCGAAGGUUACUUCAUCGAACCAACAGUAUUCUCCAAUGUCACCGAUAACAUGACGAUCGCGAAGGAGGAAAUUUUCGGCCCGGUGCAGAGCAUUAUCAAGUUCAAGACCUUGGACGAAGCGAUUGAUAGGGCGAACGCCACCAGCUUCGGACUGGCUGCAGGCAUCGUAACGAAAAACCUAAACAACGCGAUUCUUUUCAGCAACGCCGUCGAAGCCGGCUCAGUAUGGGUCAACACCUAUCUGGCUGUUGCCGUGCAGGCUCCCUUCGGAGGGUACAAGCAGUCUGGAAUUGGACGCGAAAUGGGUAAAGAUGGAAUGGAAUUGUAUCUCGAAACGAAAACCGUUUCCAUCAGGCUGCCCUCGAAGGUUUAGGCUGUAAAAUGUUAGCUUUUUGUUAUCAAUUUUAUACCCAGCUUAUGAAAUGCAAUUGUUUUGGAAUACAAAACCUCUUCUUGAA